CUUUCUUUGCCUAGCCCACUUGUAUUCCAUCUGCUCUCACCUAUACAUACAGAAUCCCUGUAUCUAUCUACAUAUCUAUAUUUCAGAUCUAAUCUCAAAAUCAUGGCUCUCACCGUGGAAAAAACAUCCACUGGCCGUGAAUACAAAGUCAAGGACAUGUCUUUGGCCGACUUCGGCCGACUCGAACUCGAGUUAGCGGAAGUCGAAAUGCCCGGUUUGAUGUCAUGCCGGACCGAAUUCGGUCCGUCACAGCCUUUCAAGGGAGCACGGAUAACCGGAUCCCUUCACAUGACCAUCCAAACCGGUGUUUUAAUCGAGACUUUAACUGCCCUAGGCGCUGAAGUCAGGUGGUGCUCCUGCAACAUUUUCUCCACCCAGGAUCACGCAGCCGCCGCAAUCGCACGCGAUUCGGCGGCGGUUUUCGCGUGGAAAGGGGAAACGUUGCAGGAGUAUUGGUGGUGUACGGAGCGGGCACUUGAUUGGGGUCCAGGAGGUGGACCGGAUUUGAUUGUGGACGAUGGGGGUGAUGCUACAUUGUUGAUUCAUGAAGGGGUGAAAGCAGAAGAGGAGUAUGCGAAAUCGGGGGCGUUGCCUGACCCGAAUUCGACUGACAAUGCGGAGUUUCAGAUUGUGCUGUCGAUAAUUAAAGAGGGGUUAUCGAGUGACCCGAAAAAGUAUCAUAAGAUGAAAGAUAGAUUGGUAGGUGUUUCAGAGGAAACGACUACUGGUGUUAAGAGGUUGUAUCAGAUGCAAGCUAAUGGGACCUUGUUGUUCCCUGCUAUCAAUGUCAAUGAUUCUGUCACCAAAAGCAAGUUUGACAACUUGUAUGGAUGCCGCCAUUCACUCCCUGAUGGAUUGAUGAGAGCCACUGAUAUAAUGAUUGCUGGGAAGGUUGCAGUAAUCUGUGGUUAUGGUGAUGUUGGAAAGGGUUGUGCUGCAGCCAUGAAGCAAGCCGGUGCUCGUGUCAUAGUGACAGAAAUCGAUCCCAUCUGUGCUCUUCAGGCUCUUAUGGAAGGUCUUCAAGUCCUAACCCUAGAAGACGUGCUUUCAGAAGCUGACAUCUUUGUCACCACCACUGGUAACAAAGACAUCAUCAUGGUUGACCACAUGAAGAAGAUGAAGAACAAUGCCAUCGUCUGCAACAUUGGGCAUUUCGACAAUGAAAUUGAUAUGCUUGGGCUAGAGACAUACCCUGGUGUCAAGAGAAUCACCAUCAAACCCCAAACCGACAGGUGGGUGUUCCCCGAAACCAACAGUGGUAUCAUUGUGUUGGCUGAGGGUAGGCUCAUGAACUUGGGUUGUGCCACAGGCCACCCCAGUUUUGUGAUGUCUUGCUCGUUUACUAACCAAGUGAUCGCCCAGCUCGAGUUAUGGAAUGAAAAGUCGAGUGGGAAGUACAAGAAGGAAGUUUACGUGUUGCCUAAGCAUCUUGAUGAGAAGGUGGCUGCACUUCAUCUUGGAAAGCUUGGAGCCAGGCUCACCAAGCUAUCCAAGGACCAGGCUGAUUACAUUAGUGUGCCGGUUGAGGGUCCAUACAAGCCUGCUCAGUACAGGUACUGAGCAUUAAACACAGGGAGUGUCGGUAUUGAAGGAUAUUUGCAAAUGAUCACGAGGAAAUUGAUUUCCUGAUUAGAUAAUAUCUUUUGAUUAAUGUUGAGGUUGGUAGUGGUGGUGGGUAGCUGGGAAAGGUGGUUGGAGAGAAUUAAUUGUAUUCUUGACACACCAUUGAAUAAGGCGGAGUAUGAAGGUGGUGUAAAACGUUAUGGUUGGUUAUUUUGUUGGCUUUGUUUUCUAUUUCAAAGCAGAAACAUGAAUUUUACAUCAUCAGUUUAGUA